AUGUACCGCCUUCCCAAUGUAAGGCCAAGAGUUAACGAAACCGUUCGUCAGCAGCUCAAGCGCCUCUAUGGAGCUCACAAAACUCUCGGUUACAACGAAGGCCGCAAGUUAUCGUACAACAACGUUGAGUGUGCAAACAACGAGAUGACUCUCAUUUACGUCAGCACACCAUAUCCAUGGACAUGUGGCUCAAAUAAGAUGCCAUCUUCAACAGACGUCAACGCUGAACACAUUGUUCCACAGAGUACAUUUGAUAAGAAGGAGCCAAUGAAAUCAGAUAUACACCAUCUCUUUGCCAGCCCUUCAAAGAUUAAUAACAUGCGUGGAAACUUACCAUACGGUGAAUUAGAUCGCAACACCUGCAAGUACUGGUGCAACAAGAACCAGUGCCAGAAUUCUAAGCCUUCGAACCCAGCAGAAUACGAUUGCAUCUCAGCAACAAACUUCAUGCCAAUCGACCAAGAUAAAGGUCGUGUAGCUCGCGCAAUCUUUUACUUCUACACUGUAUACGACCAGUACGACAUCUCAAGUAAGUUCGAUGUAGCCCUCCUUAAGAAGUGGAAUUCGAACAAUCCUCCACAAGCAUUCGAAAUUGCUAGAAACGACCGCGCUAACAAGACACAAGGCAACAGAAAUCCAUACAUUGACGAUUUCACACUCGUUGAUAAGGCUUUCUAA